UAUUAAUACCAUACAACCCUCUCCUUGAGAGAGAGAGAGAGAGAGAGAGAUAAGAAAAUGAAGGUGCUGUGCCUUCAUGGAUUCCGUACAAGCGGAAGCUUCUUACAGAAGCAAAUCAGCAAGUGGGAUCCUUCCAUCUUUGCUGAUUUUCAUAUGGUUUUCCCAGACGGUCUAUUUCCAGCCGGUGGUAAGUCAGACAUUGAAGGCAUUUUCCCACCACCUUAUUUUGAGUGGUUCCAAUUCAAUCAGGAGUUUACAGAGUAUACAAACUUGGAUGAGUGCAUCUCCUAUCUAUGUGAUUACAUAACCAGCAAUGGCCCAUUUGAUGGACUGCUUGGAUUCUCUCAGGGAGCUACAUUGUCAGCCCUCCUACUCGGCUACCAAGCUCAGGGGAAGUUAUUGAAGGACCAUCCACCGUUCAAACUGUUCGUUUCAAUCUCUGGUAGCAAGUUUAGGGACCCAAGCAUAUGUGAUGUGGCCUACAAGGACCCCAUCAAGGUCAGAUCAGUGCAUUUCAUAGGAGCUAAGGACUGGUUGAGAUUGCCAUCUGAGGAGCUAGCUACUGCCUUUGAUAGCCCUUUGAUCAUCAGACAUCCCCAGGGCCAUACUGUCCCAAGACUAGAUGAGGCAGUCGUUGAGCAGCUCAGAGGCUGGACUAUGAGCAUCCUCCAGAGCAGCAAAGCUCACCAGGACAUCGGACAAUGUGUGGAGAAUGGAGAAGCUGGGCCAGCAGAAAUCAUGCCAGAAGAGGCCUACAAGAUCAACGGUGGCAAUGAUAAUCAGUUUAGUGGGCCAACACCAGUCACGCCCAAAGAAGCCCAUGAGAACAAAACCAACGGUCAAGAUCCAACGGACCCGAAGAUGGAGAUAGAAGUCACACAAGAAGCUUGAGUAAGACUAAU